AUGGAUGGAAAAGACUUUCCGAAGUGGAAGGCAAGCGUUUCGUUGAAUGAAGGCGAGAACAUCGAGUACAAGUACUGCAUCAUUGGUGACUCAGGGAAGGUCCUGCGAUGGGAGGGACAAGGAAGCUCGUCGAAUCGCAAGCUGACGGUCACCAUCCCCAAGGUCACAUCGGACGUGCUCUCAAAGGGAGAAUUUCACGAUUCUCCCGUCGGCAUUGACGCUGGAGGAUCCGGUAGCCACUCGCAUUCGUCGAGCAAGAUCGAGAGAAGCCACGGAACGAGCAAGAGGGACGACCAUAAGCCUUCGGGGCAUGUCGACUGGCAGAUAACUUCCAAAGAGCUUGACAAGUUUGGUGCUGCGAUCGUGAAGGCAAACCAAGAGAAUGGAUCAUGGCGGCAGAAGCUGGAAUUUGUGAAGACACUUUUCUACGAUAAGAGUGAUUCAGAUCCAUGCACUCCUGGUGAUCUUGCGACGGCAUCUGGUUUCAAUCAGCAAGAACCGGAAACUUCCCACCUUGCGAUGAUCGCCAUAUACCUGCACUUCCUCAGCACGGGGCAGGUUCCUUGUUACGAUGUGGGAGGGCACAACCGCCCAAAUCGGCAUGCGAUGUUAGCAAGUGCGAUCGACGAGGCGCUUGACAAGAUUAAAAAAACUCCUGAAAAUGCUUACGUGAUCCGCAAAAUUCAUCCUCUCCUCCCGUCAUAUUCGUCGGCUUACACAGCUCAAGUCCCCCUGACAAGGAUCCGAGACAUUGCCCAUCGCUCUGACAUUCCAAAGGAAAUGAAAGACGACAUCAAGCACAACCUGCAGAACAAGCUGCACAGAUGUGCCGGCCCGGAGGACCUCGUGACUGCCGAACGGAUCAUGAAGCAGGCAGAAUCAGGACAUUACAGCGCGGCCUUCAUGGAGCAGAUGCGCAUCUUCAUGGUUGAGCUGAGAGAAUUCUUCAAUGCUGGUGGGCUCGAGGAUCGCCUCACGGAGAUGAAGGGCAAGGGAGAACCAAAUGCGGAAGGAAUCAAGCUGAUAGAUGAGUUCUUGUCGCAGAAGAGGACGAGCUCAGACUUCCGUGCGAAGUUGAAGGCGCUGAUCAAGCUCAGAAAGAACUUUGACUCCUUCAUCUCCACUGUCCCACAUGGCGAGGCGAAGCAGCGAGCAAGACUGACCGACGUCUCGUUGGAGCAGUUUGCCUUUGUGCUACUGGCCGAGGCAGCUCAGAUCUUAGAAGGACAAGGAGCGAACUUGGACUGGAAGAUGGCAGUGGAGGCGGCGAUAGGCGCGCUUGAAAACGGAUACCUUUCCGAGUCCGUGGAUGUGAAAGAAGCAGAAGCGUUGAGGAAGGAGGGAGAAGCGAUGCUCUCGUCCUCCUCCCUCAACCUCCAUCGGCUCAAGGCCUGGCUAGAUCGCUCAAUUCGCCUGUGCACCUCGUUCUCCGACGCCAUGCAGGACCUCUUCCUCGCCCACGUCGGACCGCUCGGCAAUUCGCUUCAGGUUGACCCUCACGCUGCUGCUGUCUUCGUCGAGGCGGAGGUCCGAGCAAGCGUCGUCUUCCAGCUCUCCCGCAUCCUUACAGCCUCCAUCAAGUUCGCCAAGAAGGCCAUGAACGCUCCUCCCUGGGCGGCCCUGCAGCCUGGAAAAGCAGCGGGGCGGCUGGUGGAGCAUCAAAGUCUCGCCAAUUUGCUGGAUCAUCACAAGGGAGGAGAAACGGAGCCUCUGAUUGCCUUCCUGGAGCAUGCAGAGGGAGAUGAAGAUAUUCCGCCGUUUGUGAAGGGCAUCGUCUUGGCGGAGGAACUCCCCCUCCUCUCUCACUUGGGCGUGCGGGCAAGGCAGCAGGGUGUUGUGUUCGUUUGCAGCGAUGGCCCUGAGGCGUUCAAGGAGCUCAAGGGCAAGCAAGGCUCCAGCUGGGGUCAAUUUGUGGAGCUCAACGUGAAUGUCGGAGGCUCAGUCACAGUGUCGCGCACGGAGUUGAGGCCCGAGAGGGGGCAGGAGGAGGAGGCGGCUGCAGUGGUUGACCUGCAGUCGAACGCGGACCUGACGGUCUCGGAGGUCCUGGCGUGCGAGAAGGCGUCGGAGGAGACAUGUGGAGCCAAGUCGGCAGCCGCCGGGGAAAUCUCGAGGAUCGCAGCCAAGGGAGGAGCUGACUUCAAGGCUCCGCCCGGCUGUGCCCUGCCCUUCGGAGUCAUGAUGAAAGCUGCCAAGCCCAGCUGGGGGCGAUACGUGGAGCAGGCCAAGGAGUUCGACGCGCAGGCAACGUCAGGGCAGCUGGCGGAGGAGCUGGCGGCGAGAAUGCGAUCGUUCGCAUCGUCGGAGUGGAAGGUGCCCAAGGACGUGACGAGUGCGAUCAUGCGAUCGUUCCCAGCUGACGCGCGAGUAAUGGUGCGUUCAAGCGCGAAUUGCGAGGACCUGCAGAAGGUGAGCGGAGCUGGGCUGUACGACUCCAUCGCGAACGUGGAGGUGAAGGAGGAGGAGGCGCUCGCAUCUGCCAUCUCGAGAGUGUGGCAGAGCUUGUGGACGAAGCGAGCAGCGCUCAGCAGGAGGUCAGCUGGGCUGAAGCACGAGGAAGCGGUGAUGGGAGUGCUGGUACAGCAGAUGGUGGCAGGGGACCUAUCCUUCAUCGCCUUCUCCUCCAACCCCAUCACCCGCGAUCCCAACCAGGUCUACAUCGAGAUGUGCGUCGGGAUGGGAGAGACGCUGGCAAGUGCAGGGCAGGCAGGAACUCCGUAUCGCUUCACCUACGACAAGUCCAAGGGAGAGGCCGCCGUCUCCUCCCUCGCGAGCUUCUCCUUCGCUCUCGUGCCCGCGGACGGGAAGGGGAAGGAGCUGAAGGAGGAGGUGAUCGACUACUCAUCUAUCCCCCUCCACACCGACGAGGCUCUUCGCUCAUCGCUCAUCAAGAGGAUCGCCAAGGCUGUGAUGCUGCUGGCCAAGGAGCGAGGGACGGAGCAGGACGUGGAGGGUGUGGUGGUGCUGGACAGCAAGGAGCCGCAGGUUCAUAUCGUGCAAGCUCGCCCUAUGGUCCUUGCCGCCGUGUCCUCGUGAACGAUCUCGUGCAGUCAUUGGAUACAAGUGCUGCUGCUUUCUUUACAAUAAGACCGUUGAUGCCCUC